AUGGAAAACGCUAGUGAUUGUAGUAAAUCGGGAAACAAGAAACAUCAACUUAUUAUAUUGUGCAUGGGUGGUUCACACUCAGGUCCUACGCGAGUCCUAACCCCCUCCCCCUUUGUCAUCGGUCCCGGCCUCCUUCCCGGAGUGAGCCUCGGACACGGGGUCGCUAGCGGAGCCCCAGCCGUCCAUAGGAAUGGAUAUGGUAUGAUAUGGCCCUCGUGCAUGAUGGGUACGGGCUACAUGCCAUACGCUGGCUUCUACGGCACCAACCAAUACCAUUCAAGUACAGCUCAUGUUUGA